CCAGGUGUGGACACGCCCCGGCGGCGCCGUGUGAACACGCCCGAGCCCUGCAGGCUUCGGAUCUCGCCGGCUGCGCGCGUGUGGACAAAACUCCGCGGUGCGGAGACCCCCGCCGGAGCUCCGGGCACCCCGGGCUAGACCCAGCCCCUGCCCGGGCUGAGGGGGGCGAGCACCCCUGGGGCUGCCGGCAAAGCUGGGGCCAGGCCCCCCCCCCAGCCAGCGCUGCAGCCGGGACGGGAUUUGCAGGGCACAGGAAGGGGCUGGAGCAGCCGGGAGGAAGGAGGCAGGAAUCCGGGAGAACAAAGCCCCUAGAGCACCCGACGCUGGGCGAGCAGCUGCUGCCCCCCCCCCCCCCGGGGUCCUGCUGGAGGGGGGGGGAAUCCCCCCAUUAACCCCUCCCUGCCCGGCCGGGGGGCGCUUUCUCCAGCUGGGGCCAGCCCGGAGCCAGAGACUGCAGGGGCCGGUGACCUUCGAGGAGGUGGCGGUGUAUUUCACCAGGGAAGAGUGGGCUCUGCUGGACCCCGCUCCGAGACGUCAUGCAGGAGAACUACGAGAAUGUGACCUCGCUGGCAGGUGAUGGGAUGGUGAGUGAGAAUGAGGAGCAGGAAGAUGCUGAGCACGGGGAAUCACAUGUGGCGUUAUCACAAAGAUCUAAAGGGGAUGUUCCCAGGAGCUGGAAGCAGGGAAAAGGUUGUGAGAGUCAGCACAGGCCAGAGCGGGAGCGGGGGAAUGAGCCAAGGGAGAAAGUGGGUCAUUGUCACAAGGACCUCAAGGAAACCACAGCCCAGCAGAGCAUCCCCACAAGUGAGAGAGAGCCCACGUGCCCUGAGUGGGGAGAAAACAUCAGUAGCCAUUCGGAUCUUCUUCAGCCCGAGAGAAUCCGCGCUGGAGAGCCGCCCUAUGAAUGCGGUGAAUGUGGGAAAACCUUCCAUCGGAACUCGCACCUUAUUCGGCAUCAGAGAGUGCACACAGGAAACCGACCCUUUAAGUGCUUGGAAUGUGGGAAAAGCUUCAGCGUGAGCUCCAACCUGAUCGCACAUCAGACCAUCCACACAGGAAAUCGACCCUUUUCGUGCUCUGAGUGUGGGAAGAGCUUCAAUCGACACUCAAACCUUAUUACGCACUGGAGAAUUCACAUGGGAAAUAAGCCCUUUACGUGCUCAGAAUGCGGGAAAAGCUUCACGGACAGCUCAAACCUUAUCAGGCAUCAGCGAACCCACACGGGGGAGAGACCCUAUGAGUGCUGCGAGUGCGGGAAAAGCUUCACGGACAGCUCCGAUCUUAUCAGGCAUCAGCGAACCCACACGGGGGAGAGACCCUAUGAAUGCCGCGAGUGCGGGAAAAGCUUUAGUCGGAGCUCAACCCUUAUUCGACAUCAGAGGAUCCACACGGGAGAGACGCCCUAUAAGUGCUGCGAAUGCGGGAAAAACUUCAGCGUGAGCUCAAACCUUAUCACGCAUUGGAGAAUUCACACGGGACAUAGACCCUUUACGUGUUCCGACUGCGGGAAAACUUUCACUGACAGCUCCAACCUUACUCAGCAUCAGAGAAUACACAUGGGAGAGACCCCCUAUAGAUGCUCUGAGUGUGGGAAAAGCUUCACUCAGAGCUCGGCACUUAUUGCACAUCAGAGGAUCCACACAGGAGAGAGACCCUAUGAAUGCUGCGAGUGCGGGAAACACUUCAGCGUGAGCUCUGCCCUUGUUGCGCAUCAGAGACUCCACACGGGGGAGAGACCCUAUAAAUGCUCUGAGUGCGGGAAAAGCUUCAGUGUGAGCUCAACCCUUAUCAUACAUCAGAGAAUCCACACGGGGGAAAGACCCUAUCGAUGCUCGGAGUGUGGGAGAAGCUUUAAUCAGAGCUCACACCUGGUUAGACAUCAGAGUCUCCACAAGGGAGAGCAACACCACAAAAAGCUUGUCUAAGGCUGUCAAAAAAAAAAAGUUUUUUGAAUGCUUUUCUAAUUCCCACAUCGUGACCUUUAAGGCUCUUUGCGGUGUUUGCAUCACUGUGGUCCCGCAGCUCCCCCCCCCCCCCCCCCCCCCCCCAGAUGAGUAGCACACUGUUGAUUUUUGCAGCUUGCUCUUCUUUGGUCCUUUCUAUCCACUCCUUUGUCCUGAGUCAUGAGAAUCUAGGUCCCUCCUACCAGGAAUGUCCAUCAGCCCCAGGAAGGGGAGAUGGGAUGCCAUCAUCUUGCUACACUGAGGUAAAAUCUACCUUGGCUCCUCUGGGAUUUUCCCAGGGGUUAGCUAGCUUGAGGUAGCGAUCCUCAUGUAAAAAGACAAGUAUAUUUGCAGUACUGUCCUCGCACAGGUAUAAUGGUCAGGGUGAACGAACACAUUGCCCCUUGACCUGUCCUAAUCUACACCCCUUUUCUAGUCUAGACAAAACUCUGAGCAUCACAUUUCUACUUUUUACUCCCAUUAGCCGGGUGAUUGGCAGAGUCACUGAGUUCCCCCUUUGGUGAGAGAUUGUCUCGCUCCCGGAUGAUCUGGGUUGUAUUAAACAGAAGCUAUCGUUCCUACCAUUUUUCUCAUUUAAAAAUAUACUUAAAUAUAACAAACAUCUGCAGCAGGGAUAGGAUUAAAGUGUCCUUUCAGCCACUAUUGACACUGGAAGGCGAUAGGGUGAGCUUGAUGGAUUCCCUCCAUUUCCAUCACCGUUCAACCCCCCCUCAACCCAGCAGAGUUAGCAUCUGUGGGAGCCGCAAUGGAUCUUACGCUCUCCCCAUUUUAUCCUUCCACCUCCCAAAGUGCCACAUGAUCCAGUCUUCUCAGCUCUCCGUGCUUAGGAAUCACACCUGGAUCUUAAAUCAGACUCACUAGGGCUGGAGAUGAAAGUGUCAGAGGCCUGGAGGGGGAGUUGAGUGGAUCACAAAACCACUCAGUGAUGGUUCAGUGUUUUCAUCCCUUUCUCCAUCUAUUGGCAAGGCUUUUCCUGGGCUUUUUGCUGCUGAGCUGGGAUUGUUUCCAGAUUGUUUCUAGCAUCAUCGAAACGGGGAAAACCUUUUGUAAAUAACUUGACUCAAUAAUAAUGAAGUGGCGCGGACUGAAGCAGGUUUGAAUGGGUGAGAGGAGAAUGCAGUGCGGGAAUCUGUUCUCCUGAUUCUGGAGUUCACAUAGGUAACCUGCUUUGGGAUUUCAUUUUAUGUGAAACUGAAAGUGUCUGUGAUGUGGAUUUUUCUCUCCUGCCUGAAGCCCAUUCAGUCACGUAACUGUAUGUUAGUUUUGGUUGCCAGGAUGUAGCUCAGAUUUGGGGACCUUGAGACAAAGAACCAUGUACUAAAAUUGUCGUUUCUUACUUUAUUUUUGCUUUUCCUCUGCUCCUUCAUGAUGACCUGGAAGAAGCUCAAGUGCAAUUCAGUCCACAGUUCAAGA